UAUAAUCAUUAGUGCAUCUACUGGGGGUCUGUUUCGGACUUUAAUCAAGGUUCCCUGAACGCACCACAGUAAUGUGCUAUGAGAUUCAAAAGUAAAACUCCCCAAAAAAAAUGUUGUUUGACGCUGCCGAAGCUAAAUGUAGCUUUUAUUUUUUUGUUUUUGACCUUUCUUCCACCGCCUCAUCCUGGUAAACGAAUGUCGGUUUCGGUGUGAGAAUGCAACAUUGUGGGCCCUUCCAUGCUCCCAACCUCGUGGGAACAGUUUGGAGCAGGCCCCUUCCUCUUCCAACAAGCAAGGUCCAUACAGACCUAGUCUGGUGUGGAUGAACUUGACUGGCCUGCGCAGAGUCCUGACCUGAACACCUUUUGGGAUGAAUUAUGUGAGUCAAGGCAGGUGGCAAUAUAGUGUAUAUUCAAUAUAUUUUCAGAAAAUUAUCUUAAAAGAGAAGUCCAAAAAUAUCUAUGUUAUCACGUCAGUAUCGUUCCGAUACACUACCUUUGGUAUCAAUGUUGUCUAUGUAAAUAAUCCCCACUUCCUCAACCUCCUCCCCUCCCACGGGUCUUGUUACCUUUACGCCCUGAAGGGUUUUAUCAUGCUGCUUCUUUGUUGACUUUCAAACUGUUUCAUUUAUCCUCUUGUCAAGCAGACGCUUUAAGGUAUCAUUUAAAGUGUUUAUCUGGAACCUUUUUGGGAAAAAGUGACCGUUUUUUUUCUUUCUUCUGACUUCAAGAGGUCCAGCAUGUCAGCCAAAGACACAACGAGAAACAGAAAAAUAUUCAUCCAGACCACCUUGUGCGGGGACUACAGGUUGAUCCUCAACAAAGUUCUCGAGAAGAAACUCGUGACGACCCGCGAGUACAACAAUCUUAAAUCCAUCUGCAAAGAGGACGUCGAAGGCCAUGUGGUGGAACUUGUGGAUAAAAUCCUCAAUAAGGGAGAAGACACCUGCCAAGCUUUCCUGAGUCUCCUGCAAACUGAUGAAGACCUUCAGACCACUUUUCCGGAGCUGAGGAACUUCACCUUACCGAAAAACACCAUCAAAGCACCGUGCUCAGAACAUGUCCUACCAGCGAGUAAGAAGAAGGAGGAUGAGCAGUACCCGAUAACAAGCUGUCCCGCUGGCGUCUGCUUGAUAAUAAACAACCUGAAUUUCCAAGACGGCACAACAAGAACCGGAUCGGACCGAGAUGCUCAUUGUUUGGCGGAGGUGUUCAGCUGGCUUGGCUUCCGAGUGCUGAUGUGCGAAGACCAAACCAAGCAACAGAUGGAAGACACAUUGGAGUUCUUCAGCUCUCUGAACGACGCCUCGAAACCACAGGAUUUGAACGUCAAGGAGUUCCGCGACGGUGCUUUCGUUGUUCCUCAGGACGCACCCAACCACGGGGACGUCUUUGUCUGCUGUGUCCUCAGUCAUGGAGCCGAGGGUGUCGUCUGCGGGGUUGAUUUCCAAACGGUACCCAUUAAAGAUAUAACUACAACUUUCAAGGCAAGGGACCGGUCGCCGCUUACUGGCAGACCCAAAGUGUUUUUGAUCCAGGCGUGCCAGGGGAGUCUCCCGCACCGUGGUGUGCCAUUACCCGAACACCUGACUGAUGAUUCUCAGACCAUCCCUGAGGAAGCGGAUAUCCUCGUUGCUGUGGCAACUGUUGAGGAUCAUAAAGCAAUGAGACAUAAAACGGACGGCAGCUGGUUUAUCCAAUCGGUGUGUCGGCACCUGAAGGAGGGCUGUCCCAGGGGUGAAGACAUGGUCACCAUCCUUCACCGUGUCAAUGGCCAAGUAGGCCGGAAGGAGGCCUCCCAAACGGCUGGCGAAUCAAAACAGAUGCCUGAGGUUCGAUUCACUCUGAGGAAGACCCUCGUGUUGUCGCCACAGCACAACUGAAGUGCAAUUACUAAUCUCACAAAGUAGGACUAGUUUAGUCAGGACACGCAUGUACUCUAUUCUUCCAUCCUCCAUCUCAAGCUCCAUAAUCAUAACACAUCAAUGCUUUUAUAUUGGAUAUUGUGGAAGGAUGCAUAUAUGUGUAAGAGUUCUUUCUUUUUACAUAGCCAUGUUUAGAGUAGCUAGUACUUUUCCUUUGUUUAUUCUACCAGUCUCUCUUUGUCUUCAGAUUGUCUGUUUUCAAGUACCAAGGAUUGUCUCACACACACACAUUAGGUGUGGCAAAAUUAUUCUCUGCAUUUGACCCAUCACCCUUGAUCCCCCCCCUGGGAGGUGAGGGGAGCAGUGAGCAGCAGCGGUGGUCGCGCCCGGGAAUCAUUUUUGGUGAUUUAACCCCCAAUUCCAACCCUUGAUGCUGAGUGUCAAGCAGAGAGGUAAUGGGUCCCAUUUUUAUAGUCUUUGGUAUGACUCGGCCGGGGUUUGAACUCACGACCUACCGAUCUCAGUCGGACACUCUAGCCACUUUCUGUCUUACGUUGGAAUGUGAAGACAACCCCCACGUCUCUCUCCUUAUCAGUGUUGAGAGGGGGGAGAUGGGGGCUUUCUUUGUGUGAAAAGAGUGGGCUUUUCCGUUGGAAUGCCAGAUCAACUAGAGUAGACGAUAUGAAUGUAUUGGUUAAGUUGAACUCCUAAAGCUUUAGUAAAACUUGAAAAUAUGCCAAUUCUGUCUUGAUGGUCCUUCUUACUCAGCAUAUAUGUCAUCGAAAGAACUUGGGACUGACCAGUAACUUAGAUUCCCUUGGAGGAAGAACUGGUCCGACGCAACAAUAUAAAUACAGUUCCUGUAUUUCAUUAUACUUUGUUGGUAGAAUACAUUGUUUUGUUACCGGUCCCUUUUGUGUUUUUUGGGGGUGUAGCUUUGCUCCUUUGACUAAUAUGUGCUUUUUGUUUUAUUUCAUGGUGUUUUGUUUGAUGCACUAUAUUGCCAAAAGUAUUUGGCCAC